AUGGUGCGUGGAGCAAGGAAAGCUAUUGCUGUAGGAGUUGCGGUGGCUGUUGCAUGCGGUCUGCAGAAGCACUUGAAUUUUGUGCCUGGGCCUCGGCAUGCUGCUCCAGUGGCCGCAGCAGCAGCCAGCAUGAUGAUGGCUCCUGCGGCUUUUGCUGAUGAGAUCGGCGAUGCUGCAAAGAAACUUGGGGAUGCUUCCUACUCCUUUGCCAAGGAAGUGGACUGGAACAAUGGCAUUUUCUUGCAAGCCCCCGGCAAGUUUCAGCCCUUGGAAGCUUUGAAAGCCAUUGACAAGAUGAUCGAAAUGGGGGCAGCCGCAGAUCCCAAGCUUCUGAAGGAGGCAGCAGAAGCACAUCACAAGGCCAUCGGGAGCAUCAGCGGGCCAAAUGGUGUGACUUCGCGCGCUGACUGGGAUGCCGUGAAUGCAGCCAUUGGCCGCAUCGUCGCUUCGGUCCCAAAAGCAAAGGUCAUGGCCGUUUACGAUUCAGUGACAGCCAUCACGGACCCCGGAGUGCCAGCUUACAUGAAGUCCUUGGUGAAUGGACCCGAUGCCGAGAAGGCCUACCAAGGAUUCCUGGAAUUCAAGGAUGUUGUUGAGAAGAACCAGGUGUCCACCGCCAGUGCUCCUGCAGUUGUGCCUUCUGGGGACAAGAUUGGUGUAGCUGCAAAAGCGUUGUCCGAUGCAUCAUAUCCUUUCAUCAAGGACAUCGAUUGGCUGUCGGACGUUUACCUGAAGCCGCUGCCCGGCAAGACUGCCCCAGAGACGCUGAAAGCGAUUGACAAGAUGAUCGUGAUGGGCGCCAAGAUGGAUGGCAACCUCUUGAAGGCAGCAGCAGAGGCACACCACAAGGCCAUUGGCAGCAUUGAUGCCACCGGUGUGACGUCUGCGGCCGACUACGAAGCUGUGAAUGCAGCCAUUGGGCGCUUGGUGGCAUCCGUGCCGACAACUGUGAUGGAUGUGUACAAUUCCAUGGCUGGCAUCGUUGAUUCCCAGGUCACCAACAACAUGUUCUCGAAGGUGAAUCCAUUGGAUGCAGUGGCUGCCGCCAAGGGUUUCUACACCUUCAAAGAUGUUGUGGAGGCAGGAGCCUCUGAAGCAAACGGAGAAAACACGUUGACAGAAUUGCUGUGUUUGGUGCAAACCCAGCAAGACCAGAAGAACUACAAACUGAUCCUCAAGAAGGAGGAAAUCGAGGCCCCCCGCGCACUCGUAACACUUGCAAGCACCAUCAAGCACCAUCAAGCACCAUAA